AUGUGACGAGCCGCUUGAGGCUUCUGGGGUUGCUGUCGAAUCCAAGUUGUACGCCUUGCUUGUCUACCAGCCAUAACAGCAAGUCACCGAGUUCGAGGCCCCAACAUAAGACGUUCCAAGUGUUGAGGUGGCUCCCACAGAGGGACCUGACGAAACAAGAAGGGGAGACUGUGGCAAGGAUAGUGCCGAUAACUGUUAGUGAUGAAUCAGAGGAAAUGUCUCCUCUUUGGCUCCCUUCCCCCACUCUUUCGAUGCACCAAGGGGAUCCAACUAUCCCUGGUACCCUCGUCAUCAACCUAGAUGGUGCCGACUCUAGGGAGUUGGAUGAAAUCCUUGGUGUAGGCGAAGGAUCUUUGAUGCGGCAUUGGGUAAGGCUCGUCGGUGAGGAGUUCAGAGGUGACCUUGGUGAACCUACUGAUCCUAAGGACCUGUAG